CGGCCGGGGCGCGGGAGGUGGGGACGUGGCGGCGGCUCAAGCAGGCGGAGCCGGGCGGCGGAGGGAGGCGGAGCCGCCGAAGGAGGAGGCGCCAGCGGGCCGGGCACCGCCGCGGGAGGUUCUGGAAACGCCGGGAGCGGCGCGUGUCCAGACAUCCCUUUCGAACCAGGGUGGUUUUUCCUCAGCAGCUGCAGAGACCUGUGGUAACUAGUUAACUAAUCCAACAAACGGACCCUUCUGUGUGUCAGAAACUGCAAAGAAUUGCUAGCCCAAGUGGGGCAGACGGACUGGAAGACCGGGAAAGUCCAGGCCCCAGGCAGUGUGUGACAGUCACUGAAUACCUUGCAGACACUGCCCUCUGUGACCAUGAAAUUCCGGGUGUCCGUGUUGCUGGUGGCCUGGUUUGGUGUCCUGGGCUGCGUGCAGGCCGAAUUCUUCACUUCUAUUGGGCACAUGACAGACCUGAUUUAUGCAGAGAAGGACCUGGUGCAGUCUCUGAAGGAGUACAUCCUUGUGGAGGAAGCCAAGCUCUCCAAGAUUAAGAGCUGGGCUGACAAAAUGGAAGCCCUGACCAGCAAGUCAGCUGCUGACCCAGAGGGCUACCUGGCCCACCCUGUGAAUGCCUACAAACUGGUGAAGCGCCUGAAUACAGACUGGCCUGCACUGGAGGACCUUGUCCUGCAGGACUCAGCUGCAGGUUUUAUUGCCAACUUCUCAGUGCAGCGCCAGUUCUUUCCCACUGAUGAGGAUGAAAUGGGAGCUGCUAAGGCCCUGAUGAGGCUUCAGGACACAUACAAGCUGGACCCAGAUACAAUUUCCAAAGGGGAACUUCCAGGAACCAAGUACCAGGCAGUGCUGAGUGUGGAUGACUGCUUUGGGAUGGGCCGCUCGGCCUACAAUGAUGGGGACUAUUACCACACAGUGCUAUGGAUGGAGCAGGUGCUAAAGCAGCUUGAUGCUGGGGAGGAGGCCACCACAGCCAAGACCCAGGUGCUGGACUACCUGAGCUACGCCGUCUUCCAGUUGGGCGACCUGCACCGCGCCCUGGAGCUUACCCGCCGCCUACUCUCCCUUGACCCGAGCCAUGAACGAGCUGGAGGGAAUCUGCGGUACUUUGAACGAUUGUUGGAGGAAGAAAGAGAAAAACCAUCAUCAAAUCAGACAGAAGCUGAGCUAGCAACCCAGGAAGGCAUCUAUGAGAGGCCUGUGGACUACCUGCCCGAAAGGGAUGUCUACGAGAGCCUCUGUCGUGGGGAGGGUGUCAAACUGACACCCCGGAGGCAGAAGAGGCUUUUCUGUAGGUAUCAUCAUGGCAACAGAACACCACAGCUGCUCAUUGCCCCCUUCAAAGAGGAGGACGAGUGGGACAGCCCGCACAUCGUCAGGUACUACGAUGUCAUGUCUGAUGAGGAAAUUGAAAGGAUCAAGGAGAUCGCGAAACCCAAACUUGCACGAGCCACUGUUCGUGAUCCCAAGACAGGUGUCCUCACUGUUGCCAGCUACAGGGUUUCCAAAAGCUCCUGGCUGGAGGAGGAUGAUGACCCUGUUGUGGCUCGAGUUAAUCUUCGGAUGCAGCACAUCACAGGUCUAACAGUAAAGACUGCAGAAUUGUUGCAGGUUGCUAAUUAUGGAAUGGGAGGACAAUAUGAGCCACACUUUGACUUCUCUAGGAAACAUGAGCAAGAUGCUUUCAAGCGUUUAGGGACGGGGAAUCGUGUGGCCACAUUCUUAAACUACAUGAGUGAUGUAGAAGCUGGUGGUGCCACUGUCUUUCCUGAUCUGGGGGCUGCAAUUUGGCCAAAGAAGGGCACAGCUGUAUUCUGGUACAAUCUACUGCGGAGUGGGGAAGGUGACUACCGAACGAGACAUGCUGCCUGCCCCGUGCUUGUGGGCUGCAAGUGGGUCUCCAAUAAGUGGUUCCAUGAACGAGGACAGGAGUUCUUGAGGCCAUGUGGAUCAACAGAAGUUGACUGACAUCCUUUUCUGCCCUUCCUCUUCCUGGCCCCACAUCCCUUGUUGUCUUCAAGUUCAACGUGACAGACACCUUUGUAUCUUCCAGCCCCUCAGGCGGGUCUUUGGAAGAGUGAAUGUUUGUCAGGCAGAGAGAGCAGACUUGGGAGGGUCCUGGGUGACCUGGGUCCCACCCUCUCUGGUCAGCCUGAGCCAUCUCUGGCCGCAAGGGUAGGGUCCGAGCGGCUGCAGCAGUGUCAGGCUGUCUAGCACCUAGCCAGGUGCCUUUGUACCUCAGAUGCUUUAGAUGUGAGAUAUUUCAAUGAACCAAAGUUCUGAUACCUUGUUUACAUGUUUGUUUUUAUGGCAUUUUUAUUAAUGUGGCUUUAACCAAAAAAUAAAAUGUCCCUGCCAGAAGCCUUAAAGAGCCUUAUUUGGAGUAUUUUUUAAGAUGGGGGAGCUUUUUACCAAGUUCACCGUUUCCUCUGCAUCUCCUCUGUGCAGGCAAAAUAUGGGUAAUGAAUAUCUUAGUGGCAAAACCCUGACCUUGGGUUCUAGAUCUGGUUUCAACACUUAAUGUCUCUCCAAGCUUCAGUGUCCUUUUUGGCAAGUGAGGGAAAUAGUCUUUCCUUGCCUCCCAGAGAGCAUAGAAAUCAUCUAUUUUCAUGAUUGUAAUGCUGUUAUAAUUUGAAAUUUCUUAUUUUGGAAUUUGAGAUAUAUACAGAGAAUUGUUCGUGAUACAUAGAUGUAUAAUUUAAAGAAUAUGAAGGUGAGCAUGAGCACCCAUGUCACCACUGUCCAGGUUAGAGAAGAGGUCAUUUUCGAAUCCACAGCUCAGGAGUCCCUUGUGAGCCCCUCCUGGGUCAUAUCUCCUGCCCUGCCCCCAGGACCUUGGUGGUAACCGUUGUCUAGUGAUUUGAAGUAGUCAUUCCUUUGCUUUUCUUUAUAGUUUUACUGUCUGUGUCAACAUCCCUAAGUAAGUAGUUACUUUGUUUUCCCUGAUUUUGAACUUUUGUAAAUGGAAUCAAAGUAUAUUCUUGGGCGUGUUUAGCUUCUUUCAUUCAACAGUUGUUUUUAAGAUUCAUCCAUCUUGUUGUGUAGCUGUAAUUUGUUUUAAUUUGUAUAGUUCAUUCAGUUUUGUUACUGUAUAUUGUAGGACAAUACCAUAAUAUAGCCAAUAUUACUGUUGAUAGA